AUGGGGGUCGAAGCAAGUCGGCCUCCGGCUACUGCUCCCAUCGGCUCUUCAGAAAAGUCAGCGACUGUGGGCGGAGAUGCUCCUCAAGCUCCGGGCGCAGCCUCCAGUGGCGACAGCACGCCGGAUCAUAUUAAAGCACCUUCCGGUUCUGGCGCGGCUGCGUCUACUAGGAACGAGACUAUUAUGCAGCAAGGCCAAGCUACUGUCGUUGCACCUGUGCUGGACGACGUUAAGUCUAGUGCGUUCGACGCGGUAGAUGCCACCGCAGGUAGCCGCAGAGAGAAACUCGGCUUUGUUUCCGCAUCAGUCAAGACAAAAUGCAACCGAGGCUUUUGUGUUCAGGACGUCGCACUACUAGGUCCUCCGUGUACAUCGGGAAAUGAAGCUAUCGUUGCCACAGGCUCUAACGCGUCAGGGAAUGUUAAUCAAAUGCCGGUAAUCGAACGAAACCUGUCUGUCAUACCCAAAGAGGAUCCCGCCGAACUUGACGCCAAUAAUUCUAUAGACUCCAUUUCAUCUACAAUCAUUCCAGAAUCAUUUGAAGCAUCAGAAUCUCAAUCUCAUUGUUCCGUACAACAGCCAUUUGCAAAUAUCCACUCUAAUAUCACCCAACGACGUAUCACCACCACAUCCAUAGAAAGCACUGUGUCUCCUUGCAAGAACAGCAUUGUCAUACCCGAUGUAGCAUCUACAAAUAUCACGUCUUCUGCCCUUAGAUGCGCCACCGAAUACAGCAUUGAGAAUACUGACAGGAUCUAUGCAAAUACUCCAACCAAGAUCAGACGCACGGAGGUGCCUGUUGCCGUCACAUAUGCGGACGCCACGAACUUGGCCGCACAAUAUCCAGACCUAGCCUCCCAGAUCCUCGUCUCCCCACUUCGGAAGCGCACCGCAAGUCAGGAAGUUGCCCUGACACCAGAACAGGAUUCGAUCGAGGACAGCCCGCCAAGCAAGCGCAGGCGUCAUCGUACUCGCAGGCACAGGCGUAGACGUUCCCGCGACAAUCAAGAAGAAUCGCAGCAACAAAGUCGAGGAUCCUUCCGGACCCCGGGACCUGAUGUUCAUCCAUCCCACCAGGAGGAUCUUAGUUCCGCUUCCGGAUUUUCGCGCGUGGUCGAUCCGAAAGGAACCUCCAGGUUCCAAUACACGCAUGAUUCUCAGCAGCCGGACUGGUCUGUUAAUCCUACGCUGCCUACUUCAAGUCCAGCUGUGGAACGUGCCCCGUCGCUCCAGACCAAUCGUCAUGCAGCUCCAGUGACAUCACAAAAUCGGACAGAGAGAACGGGCAGCUACCAACGAGAAGACAGCGACGCGAACUGGGGUCUCGCAACCGAAAUGCAGCCUUCGACUCCACCUCCUACGAGAUUUGCGACGCCGAAACGAGCUCCUAUCCAAGAACAGCACGGUGCUAUGCUAUUGAGGAGCGAAGAUCGUGCUGGUGCUAUCAAGGCUACAGAUUCGAUAGCUACUUAUCUCGGGCGACGUUCUAGUAACGCAGAAAUGUUGCUCACUGAGCUCUUUCGCAAGGCGAUGGAGACAAGCAGCCCCUCUGCGAUGAAGGUUCGCUAUCCCGAGCACAGUUCUUUCAGGAGAUCCGAGGCUGAAAGGACGACUCCUGUCAAGGCACUUGUAGCAGAGACGGCGCACCCAGUGAAUCAGGCGGAGAAGAUCAUCGAGGGAGACUCUCCGCGAGUCAAACUGCCGGUCCCAUUGACGCCUCCGAUAAAGACCUCUCCUAACCCUGCGCACAAGUCCCCGGCAGCGCGGACGGAAACUACAUACCAGGGUUACAAACCCCCAGCAACACGAACGGAGGAAGACUCCACUAUAUACCAAAGUUACACGCCCCCAGCAGCACGGACAGAAGGUCAGGCCAUAUACCAGAGUUACAAGUCCCCAGCAGCACGGAAGGAAGAAGGCCGCACUGUGCAUCAGAACUACAAGCCCCCAGCAGCACGGACGGAAGAAGAUCGCACUAUACGCCAGAGCUACAAGCCUCCUCAUCAGCGCAUUAAUGAAAACAAGGACAACGCGACGGCCAUGCACACUCCGCCUAUCUACCACGCUUCUCCACUGAAUAAGCCUUACACGCCACCUUCUCCGCGCAUGACCGACUCGCUGGAAAGAAGUGAACGCAUCCGUCAUUUAGAACGACUUCUUUCAAGAGAGCGUGAACUGCCGAUCAACGUCACCGGGCCUGCUGUGCCGUCACCCAAGCCGGCCCAGGUGCUGCAGCCCAUCGGACCGUGGCGAGCUUCUGACGAGAAAGCGUUCCACCAGCGCGGUGCGAUGAAUUCCGGGACUGGCGUCAAUCAGUCUUUAGAACUCUUGCGUGCAAUGCAGGCGAUGGGUGUAGGGAUCUCUCCGAGAACGGAUACUCUUGCUGCACUCGGGAGUGGCAACCAAUCCGGUCGUCCGAACGCAGUAGAGCACAACGGUUUCAAUGGAGUGCCGAUGCAGUCAGGCACGAAGAUGACAGAGGAAAAGGUCCUGUGGAACGACUUGGCACGUGCAGUCCCUUCGCAGGGCUCGAGAUCGCCCCACGGAAGCGGAGGAUACAGGAGCGUGUCCGGACAGUCUUCGGAGACGAACGUGCCAGUGACGCAGUGGACGCGCUAUAGAUAG